AUGGCAGAUGCUGCUGUUGCUGCUGGAGUUCAAUGGUUUAUCCCAUCCGAGUUUGGACACGAUACAACUAAUCCUCGUGUUGUUGAAGUUCUUCCCCUAUUGCGGAAGAAAGUGAAGAUAGUAGACUGCUUGCGCUCAAGAGAAAAGGAUGGAUUGAGCUGGACGAGUUUGCAUACUGGGUUCUUUUUCGAUUUCGGCUUCACUUUCGAUCUCCUGGGGUUCGAUCUACGCCAGAAGACAGCAGCCAUAUGGGAUAACGGCAACAACAGAUCAAGUAUGUCCACAUUCAAGACCAUUGCACAGGCCAUAAUACAGAUCUUUACGGAUCCCAUGUCACGAGAAGAAGCAAAGAAUCAGUAUAUACGUAUUGCAACAGUGACGACGACUCAGAAUGAGAUACUCCAAGCUUUAAAAAGAGUCAGCGGGACUAAGUUCCAAGUCACUCGCAUCGAAACGGCAAAGGGGAAGCGCUUGGGAGACCAACAUUUAGCAUCAGGAGACGAGGACAAGUAUGUGGCCCUAGGGAAGAACGCAUUCUUGGAUUGGGAAAAUAGAUCUGGACCUCACUGCCUGACCACUAAAGCUCAACAGGAAUCCGUCCUGGACAUUGUGGGUCGCAUGUAUCCAAAAGUCACUGGGGAGGGCGUGCAGUAA